AUGCCGAAACAUCAAUGGGCAAGGGAGCUGGAUGACUUUAUCCGUCGGGAGGUGUAUGGUCUGUAUCAGCCUGUGAAACUAGGAAAGGCCCUUCAGCAAAUGAUGAAAUGCUCAAUUUGCGGGCUCGCAGAUGCAUGUCGUUGCCACUCCUCCCCCGGCGAUGACGAGCGAUGUAUUCACGGAUUCAAAGCUGCUGAAGAUGCCAUGGAUGGAAUUGGCAUGCGUUGGGGAAUCGGAGUGUUUUGUAUCAUCUUUCCCAUUGUCGCCUCCCCGCUUUACUUUGUACUGAAGAUCAACAUCCGAAAGGCGCAAAAAAAUAGUGUUGUCGUGAAAGAAAAAAGCAACCGCACAAUCCUACAGAGCAUCUGGUUCUACAUCAUUAAGUUCGACGCUCUUGGUGUCUUCCUAUUCUCCGCUGGGCUUUGCACAUUCUUCCUCGCAUUCGACAUCUCCGGUAGUGCCCCCAGCAGCUGGGGUACUCCUUACAUUAUUGCUAUGCUCGUUGUCGGCUUCGUCAUGCUGUUCGUCUUCGCCAUCUACGAGACCUGGUUUUGCCCAAAGCCCCUACUCGCAGUUGGCUUUUUGUAUAAUCGAACGGUCAUUGGUGCCUUUUUGCUGGAUGCAACCUACCAGCUUUGCUACUAUUGCUGGAACUACUAUUUCACCUCGUUCCUGCAGGUUGUCAACGAUGUGAGCGUAGCCGAGGCUGGUUACAUCAGCAACACAUUCGACGUGAUAUCUGGUGUUUUGCUAUUAUUUGUCGGUGUUUUGAUUCGCAAGACUGGUCACUUUAAGUGGCUUCUAUGGAUCGCAGUUCCCCUCUACGUCUUUGCUCAAGGCCUGAUGAUCUACUUCCGCCGUCCCAACCAAAGCGUUGGCUACCUGGUCAUGUGUCAAGUAUUCAUCUCGAUUGGAGGUAGCGUUUUUAUUAUUUGCGAGCAGAUUGCAAUCCUGGCAGCUGUCGAUCACCAGCACGUCGCUUCUGCUUUGGCCUUGCUCAAUGUCGUCGGCACCGUCGGUGGUACUAUAGAUGUCACCAUUUCAGGUGUCAUUUGGCAAAACACAUACGCGAACGCCCUACGGAGGUUGCUUCCCGAUUCUGCUAUGGAAAACUUCGAUAACAUCUACGAGGACCUGACCACACAGCUUAACUAUGCAGUUGGCAGUGAGACAAGGAUUGCUAUACAAGAUGCCUACGCUUAUGCGCAAACCAGAAUGCUUGCUGUCGGAACUGGUAUCAUGUGCUUAGCAUUUGUCUGGGUCUUCAUGAUCAGAAAUAUCGACCUGAAGAAGGUGCCACAAGUCAAGGGCACAGUCUUCUAA